AGCAAGUAGCCCUGUUGCUGGGGAAUGUAGUCUAACAGAGGAUCAGCAAGGCGAAGAAGACAGCCACAUAACCAGCAAUGGAAAAAUUGAAGUGGAGCAUGUGAUCAGUAAAAAACUACAGCUGAAAAGGAAAGCAGAGCACCUGAAGAGUGACUUUGAUGCGUCAGUUUGAGAGCCAGGUCAAUGACUUCAUGGACAGUCUGAUUGAGGAGUCGGCCAGCCUGGAGCCUGCUCCUGUACCUGCUGUCUUCUCACCACCGCUGUCAGACAAGGAGAGGAACAAACUCAGGCAUUUUCGGCCGCCCCUGGGCCAGGGCAAGCAGUUUGUCAGCCGCAGGUCCCUGUUGGAUGAGCUUUUUGAGGUGAACCACAUCAGGACCAUCUACCACAUGUUCAUCGCCCUGCUCAUUCUCUUUAUCCUCAGCACACUGGUGGUAGAUUUUAUUGAUGAAGGCAGACUGGUGCUGGACUUUGACCUGCUGGUCUAUGCAUUUGGACAGUUCCCCCUGGUGGUGUGCACGUGGAUCUGCAUGUUCCUGUCUGUGUUGCUGGUUCCCUACACCCUAUUCCACCUGUGGUCCAAGAGCCAGUCCUGGAGCUGUCCCAAGCUGUGCAGUCUGCUGUUUGGCUCAACGUUCUUGCUCUACCAAGCUCUGGGUCUCGGAUUCCUGCCGACCUAUGUGGUGGUCAGCAACAGCCUGCCGCCUGCGUCCUGCUUCAUUAUCAUCCUGGAACAGGUACGUCUGAUGAUGAAAGCCCAUUCCUAUGUUAGGGAGAAUGUCCCAAGAGUCCUGGCCAGAGCUAAAGACAAGACUGGUCCCAGUCUGGUUGUCCCUCAGGUUUCUCAGUAUCUCUACUUCUUGUUUGCACCCACUCUCAUCUACAGAGACAGCUAUCCCAGGAACCCAGUGAUCAGGUGGAGCUAUGUGGCAACUAAAUUACUUCAGGUACUAGGCAGUCUGUUUUAUGCCUAUUACGUGUUUGUGCGGCUGUGCAUCCCUCAGUUCCGCAGCAUCAGUCUGCAGCUGUUUGACCUGAGAGCCAUGGUCCUCUGUGUCUUUAACUCCAUACUGCCAGGAGUGUUGGUUCUCUUCCUGGCUUUCUUUGCCUUCCUCCACUGUUGGCUCAACGCAUUUGCUGAGAUGCUUCGCUUUGCUGAUAGGAUGUUUUACAAGGAUUGGUGGAAUUCAACCUCUUUUGCCAAUUACUAUCGCACGUGGAAUGUGGUGGUCCAUGACUGGCUGUAUUACUAUGUGUACAGGGACUUCCUGUGGAUGUCCCAGAAGCGCUGCAAAGCGGCAGCCAUGUUCUUUGUGUUCACGGUGUCUGCGGUGGUCCAUGAAUACAUUUUAGCAAUCUGCUUUGGCUUCUUCUAUCCUGUACUCUUUUGCCUCUUUAUGUGCUUCGGAAUGAUGUUUAACUUCAUCCUCCAUGACCAGAGGAAGGGUCCCAUCUGGAACAUCAUCAUGUGGACGUCCCUGUUCCUGGGCCAGGGGGUCAUUAUCUGUCUGUACUCCCAGGAGUGGUAUGCCCAGCGCUACUGCCCCGUCAAGGAGCCUUCCUUCCUGGAGUUGUUGACACCUCGCUCCUGGAGCUGCCACCUUCAGAAGGGCCUGGUGGCAGACUCUGACAGGCUGUGACUCAGUUAUUGGCCUACAGAUGACAUGGACUAACACCAGUCAGGAGAAAGUUGACCAGGAAGUGGAGUAGGAGGGACGGGAGGUGUCAGCCUUUCUGUUACUGUCAUGACUUGUGCUCUUUUAUGUUCCAUUUUGUUUUAUCGCGUUGAGAUUCAGUUCCAGUUGACAUGACUGAUUUACAUAUGAAUGUAUGGAAAAAGUUGUAUCAGUGUCUGCCAAAAUGUCCGUCUGUGACAGCCAAUUCACAACGAUGCCUUACUUUUUUUUGUUCUUAAUUUGUUAAGACAAGCCCAUUACAAGUUCACAUGAAAUCCAAAUGUGAACUGUUUUUAUGUAUUAUUUAUUUUUCAGAUGUUUUGCCAUUCCUUUUGCCUUGAUCAACUCUGUGAAAUCACUCUUUGUGCCAAUAUGAUAAUCACAAGAUGGCAGCUGAAUGCAAAUAUUUACAUCAUACUCGGGUAUGCAGUAAUAAUUUAUAUUUAACCAGAUUAGCAGUUCCUACUCUAAUUGUUCUACAGACAUAUAUUGUAUAUCAAGAUGUUUGUUAUUUAUAAUGACUGCUAACAGGAGUGAGGGAACCUGCCAAACAACUUCUGUUCAGUUUACUGUAUCUUGAGGAAGUCUCGGCACUACAGUGGGUGCCGUAUUCUGCCUUUAAGAUUGUGAUACUUGCUUCUCUGAAGCAGACAGUGACGGCAGCACUCAAUAUUCUGGCAUAUAUUGGAGGUCAUUUUGUGGUAGAAGUGAAAAUGUGAUGUUUGCAUGGAGACCUUUCAGACCAUUGUGGUGCACAUGAACUCCAUAAAUUUGAGAUUACUACUGAACCUUAAGCCAAGAAAUUAUUCAAAAGAAUGAUUAUUAGAGGAACACUAAUCUAUAGAGUUAAUAGAUUAAGUGAGAGCUGAAUGUGCUCUGGAUUACGUUUGUAUUUUCUUACACAUCAACAUCCAGGCUUGCAGAGGGGAAAGUUUCUUGUGGACUCAAAUGAUGUAUAUUUUAUUUAUGAGCGAUGCUGAGAGCUUUAUGUCUA